AUGAGUAAUAGAUCUAUUUAUCACAGUGGAGGAGGUGGUGGUGGUGGACAACAACAACACCAACAUCAUCUACCUACACCAACGAUGUUGUCAAGUUCAGUGUUGGGUGUACUCUCCUCUACUUUGAUGAUGGUUCCAGAUAGUGGUGGUAAUAGUGGAUAUCAUGGUAGUAGUAAUUCGAUGAUGAAUAACAACAACAACCAUUUAUCUUCAUCUACCAACAGUUUGAGUAGUAGUUCAUUUACACCGUCGUCGUUCAGCGGUGGUGUCGGUGGAAUGACCGUCAGCAACAGCAGUGGUGGUAUCUCAUCGAUGAUGUCGUCACACUCUCAACCUCAGGUCGGUGCAUUCACACAGAACUACGAACUGUAUUCAUUGAACAGGUUGUUUUGUAUUAAUAAUACUGGUGUUGGUGGUAGUGGCAAUAGCAACAAUUCUAACGCAUCCGGUGGUGGUAAUAAUAACAACCAACUAUUACAUCGUAGAAAUAACUCUAAUACAUUCAUCAGUGCCAAAGAGAAGUCGUUAUCUGAUCAUUUCCAUGGUAGUGGAGCAUCUUACUAUAGCAGUGGUAGUGGUGGUAGCAACACACCCGGUAGCCAGCUGAAUGGUUCCGACGGUUACAAUACUUCCCAAGGUGUUACAAUUCAACUUACUGCACAAGGUGGUUAUGAAGAUCAUCUUUUCUUUGCAAUGUAUUGUUCAAAUGAUUAUUUAAUUGUUAGAUUUGUUGGACAAAGUAAAGUACCGCAAUACAAGUAUAUUCAAUGGUCUAGAGAACAUGCUAAGCGUAUCGUUUCAAUGUCAUUCGAUCCGAAUGCACAUUGGUUAUUAUGUCUACAACACGAUACCUCUAUCGUUCGUAUUCCAAUCUACUUUAUGGUGUGUAAAAAGAUGAAUCAACUCGAAGAGAACAAUCAAAGUAACAAUACACCACAACCAGUAGAAGAGAAAUCUAUAUUUUCAUCAAUUGCAUUAAAAUUUAAUAAGAAUGCACAAUUACAACAACAACAACAGCAACAAGAUAAGAAACCAAGUCAAAACAUUGUAAAUAUUCCACCAUUGUCAAAUAAGAGUUUAGUUGGAUCCUAUUGUCUGUGGUGGCGAACAUCCAACGGAGAAGACUUUGGUAUCAUCGCUACAACCUCUGGAAUCGUCUUCUUUAUCAACCUCAGCACCAAAGAGAUACAAAAGAAACUUAAAUAUGAAUAUCCUAUUAUCAAAUUAGAGUUGAUAACAGGUACAUAUGAAUCUUUUUUAAUUGUAACAACAAAAUCAAUGGUACAUCAUCAAGUAAUUAUCGAACAGAUGGUAUCGGAUAGAAGAUAUGAAACUAUAGUUGCUCAUAGUAUUAAUGGUAAUGUCAAUGGUGGUAGUGGUGGCUAUGGAAGUGGCAGUGGUAACUCGAACAGCGCCGGUGGUAAAGGUCAAGAUCUAUCACCUUUCCAAACGACAACACUGUUCACCAGCGAUCGUGCGAUGACCGAACGUUCGCUAGAGAAACAAAAGAAUGAGAAUGGUAACAUCAUGGCAUCAUUCAUCAAGAGUAACUCUAAACUAGAAAUCUACGAUCCACUCUACCUAAACAAAUUCCCAUUGUUUGUCUACCAACUGCCGCAGAGCACAACACACUUUUACUUUACAAAGAAUCUUACAUUCGUAUCGGAACUAGCAGAUCAACACUAUGAUAAUUCAAGAGUGAAUGUUUCAAUCAUUUCCAAUCUUGUAUCUGGAACUGCAUCGAAUUCAAAAUUUGUAAAGAAUCAAUCAAUGAUACAAACAUUCCAAUUGGCUUUAGGAGAGUCAGUGUUAGCAAUCACUAGUUCUUUAGAGGCGAAUAACAGUAGUAGCAAUGGUGAUAGUAUAUAUAUGCCAUCGUGUUAUCUUUGGACUAAUUUCUCAGUGUAUGAAUUCCGUCCAAAGAAGUCACCGGAAGAGAUAUUCUUUGAAUUGGUAUCAAAGAAUCUUGAAAAGAUCGAUGGUGAAGCUCUUGGAAAGACAUUCCGUAUGGAUCUACUAAGUCUAUAUGAAACUGCUGCUGAUCUUUCUUUUGAUCAAGGUAGAUACGGUAGAGCAUUAGAUUUAUAUUAUUUAUCAGGUGUUAAAACAAAUAAAUUGGUUUUGAAGUUUUUGGAGAUUGGUAGAAUGGAUAUUAUUAUGACACAUCUAAAAGCAAUAUUACAUCAACCUGAUGCUUUUAAUGAUCAAGAAAAGAAGAGAAUGACAAAUACAUUAUUCCAAUGUUAUUUACAAAAGUUGUUAAUGUCAAAAGAGGAGUUUAAGUCAUCGGAUGCAGAGUUUUCUUAUUUCUUGACAAACAAUUGGGAUUACGAUAGAGAUGCUGCGUUACACUUGUUGUUACAACACGGUCUGUUGGAUUAUUACUUCUCUGUUGCUCACAGUGGAAAGAUGAUUGGUAAAGCACUUGCUAUGCUAUUGGAGUCGAAUAUCCUACAUUUGGACGCCGAGAGAAUUUCAUUCCUUCAGAGUUCCUAUCCGUUGGAGUUGAAGAGUCAUCAGAAUGGAAUGAUAUUCGAUUGUUUAUCACCGGAUAUCCAGGUAAAGCUUAUCCUAGAGGACAACCAGAAUAUACCACGUUAUGUAAAGAGAUUAUACCACUUACUACCGAUGCUAUCGGAGAAGUCGUUAAUCGAAAUAGCAACAGCAUUCGAUCCAAUUACUUUUGAACCAUUCAACUUGACACCGUCAAUGACCAACAAGAAUAAUAAUAAUAAUAAUAAUAAUAGUAAUAAUAAUAGAGAUAAUAAUAAUAUGAUAAAUAGUUAUUCACAUCAUGAUUCGUUGAAUUUCGAAUCGACAACGAUGCUACCUGGCCGUUCCUCAGAGAAUAUUCCAGUGAGAAACGAAGAGUACUUUGAAUUGUAUAUCACUGCCAUCUUGACGCUUAUUCAUCUUAGAAAGUCACAUCAUCACUACCAGAGCGAUGAGGGUAACGACCGAUUCCUAUUGAAGGAGAACGAAGGUGAAGGAAAUGAUGGAGAAGACAAGGAAGAUGAAGAAGAAGAACUGCCAGUUGUAACUGUCGACCCGGAUCUAUUGUUGAAUCCAAUGCCACCUCUUGUGAAGAACGAGAAAAAGGCUGUCAGUGUUGCAUGUGGUUGGGAACACAUUGCCGUUAUCUCUUCGGAUGGCGAGCUUUUCACUUGGGGAAAUAACUCUCAGGGUCAACUUGGACAUGGUUUAAAUGUUGGAAAGUAUCAAUCUACUCCACGUCGUGUUGAAACUUUCAAAUCUUCACCAAUCAUUAUGAUAUCGUGUGGUGGUGAACACUCGGUUGCCGUCGACCAGUCGUUCCAGAUUUACAGUUGGGGAUCGAGUAGAUACGGACAACUUGGACACGGUGUUUUGACUCCACAGAACCUACCAAAGAAGAUCGAAGACUUUACUGGUGGACAAAAAGUGUUGGCUAUUGCCACCGGUUAUGCACACACAAUGGUACUUAAAAAGUCGGGCGAUCUCUUCACUUUUGGAUGGAAUGAUUCCGGUCAGCUGGGACUUGGUAACUUUAAGAAUCGUGCAGUUCCAAUGCGUAUUGAAACUUCAGAGAUUGUCGGUAUCCAUGGAGAGCGAAUCACCGCUAUUGCGGCUGGUCACUCACACUCCAUUAUGUGUUUGGAUAACGGUGAUAUCUACAGUUGGGGAGCCAACUCCAAAGGACAACUUGGACAUGGUAAUAUAGAAAAGUCGUUGCGUCCAAAGCAGAUCGAUGAACUCAAGGGUAAACCAAUCAUCAAGAUAUCGUGUGGACACUUCCAUACCGUUGCUAUCUCAGAGUUGAAUAGUGUCUAUUGCUGGGGACAGGGUGAGCACAUGUGUCUUGGAAACGGAAGUAACAAGAAUGAAUUGUCACCAAAGAUGAUUGAGUUCUUUAUCAACAAGAAGAUUGAAAAGGUAGUUUGUGGUCUCUAUCACACCGCCACUGUUACUGCCGCUGAAAAUGGAAGUGAUAGGGGUAAUGUAUAUAUCUGUGGAGGUGGCGAACACGGCAAGCUUGGCACUGGUGGAGAUCUCAAGACUCCAUUCUUUGACAAACCACAUCCCGCUGUUAUUCCAUCGCUAAACUCGAUGAACAUUGUCGGAUUCUCCAGUGGCAGUGAGUUCUCUGCUAUCAUUACAAACAACGGUGCACUGUAUACUUGGGGUUACGGAAACUUUGGACAGAUCGGAAACGGAAAGACCGAAGACAUGUGGCUGCCAACCAAGAUAUCGCUUAACGACCAACGUUUCAUGUUGUUCAAUCAAAACUCAAAGGGAUUUGCCAAGGCGCGUUACUCACAAGAGGGAUUGGAAGACGUAUUGAAAUCCUACUCCAACUCCUACCGUUCGUUUGCAAUCAUUAACAAAGCCAUUCAGUUUGAGAAUUGGGAUGUUGCAGCUACCAUCUACGACGUUCUCGAGGACUACAAGUCGACAUUGGAAUGCCGAUUGAUCGGUCUCAAAAAGAGAAAUCUCGAUAAGGAAAAGGAAACACACAUACUCAUUCAACUAUUGCACAACUAUAUCAUCAAAGGAUCUAUCUUUGGUAUUGAUAGUCCACCUAUGAUAUCGACCAUCACCUCCAUGUCACCCAUUCAGAUGUCACCACCACUCUUCUCGACAACACCCAACCUCAAUAGCUUCCAAGAGAUAUUCCCACCGAUCAACGGUAGUGGAGGUAUAUCGGCAUCUACCGGAUCACUUCACCACCACACCGACCAAAUAGCAUCCGAUGGAAAGAAACCAACUUCUGCCGAGAAAUCUAAAGAACUUUUAUUAUUAUUAAUAUUAAAUUAUUGGAGAGAAAAAGAUUUACCAAUUCAAGUGAUUGAAGAUUAUAUCUUGGAAAAUAUCGAUUCAUUCUCUUUGCCACUCUCCAAUAUCAUGCAGAUGAACAGCAAUCUAGAAUACCCAUUGAUCUUGGAGUUCUCUACAUCACUUUACCUUAUCAUUGUAAAAUAUUAUCUUCAUUUCAUGAAGAAUCUAAGUGAACGUGAGAAAGACUAUCAAAGAGCAUCAGAAAAAGUAUUGUUGACAAAUAUUAAAGAGAAUUUGGAAAAAGAUAUCUCUAGUAGAACAAAGAUUCAGAUUCAUUCACUGGUGCCUGAUAACACCGAUUCCUACAGUCUCAACGGAGGAGGAUAUAACCAAGGUCCGACCAACACCUUUGAGAAGGAUGUUGCCUUUACUUGUAACCACUACUUCUCGAAACGUAAAUACUUUGGUAAUAUCCUACCGUACUUCCAAUCAGAGGUACAAAAGAUCGGUAUUACCAGUGCCACCACACUCAAGUUCAUCAUGGAGGAGUACAAUCACAAGUGGAUAUCACUUUCAUGUCCGGUUUGUCUGUACAACUUUAUUCGUGACUUGGCAAACGAUCCAAAUAUUAAACCAUGGAAAAUAUAA